AUGUCGGCAUACGCCCAGUUCGGCUACCCGUACACGACGGCGACGGCCCAGGUGAGCGCGGCGGCCACGUCGUGCUGCGAGUCGGGCCGCCCCGUGGCCACGGACCCGGUGACGGGCCAGGCCGUCUGCUCGUGCCAGUACGAACCGGGCCGGGCGGCGGCUGCCGGCGGCUACCCUCGGCUCGGCGCGCCCUGCGCGCUGCCGUACGGCGCGGCCGGCGCCGACGCCGCGCCCUACCCCAGCAUCGGAGUGGACUCGUCCUACUUCCCCGCGUUCGGUAACCCGUACGGGCUGAAGGAGUCCGGCACGGGCGACAUGCCGGUGUACAGCAGCAUCGGCUCCAGCCCCGGAUACGCCUACAACCCGUACGACCCUUCCCUGUACGGGUACGGCGCCCCCUACGAUCUCGCCGCGCGGAGGAAGAACGCCACGCGCGAAUCUACAGGCACGCUGAAGGCGUGGCUGAACGACCACAAGAAGAACCCGUACCCGACCAAGGGCGAGAAGAUCAUGCUGGCCAUCAUCACCAAGAUGACGCUGACGCAGGUCUCCACCUGGUUCGCCAACGCCCGGCGGAGGUUGAAGAAAGAGAACAAGAUGACCUGGGAGCCGAAGAACAAGACGGAGUCGGACGAGGAAGCGGACGAAAACGCCGAUUCCAAAGACAAAGGCGACAAGGAUGAGAUGGACGGUGAGAAAGACUGCUCUGUCCAACCGGAGACAGGGAGCAUCUCGCCGCCGGCCAAGACAGAGGUCAAGGCCGAGACCCUCUCACCGGACCUCGACUGGAAGGCCAAGGCACUGGAGGCCGACCAAAAGCCCAAGAUCUGGUCCCUGGCCGACACGGCCGUCUGCAAGACGCCGCCGGCGCCGGGCGCCUGGCCG